UAAAAGCAGUGGGGAAGGAGCUUAACUAGUCGUCACAUACUGGAUGUGCUCAGUCAUACACGCACGGCCGUUUUUUACCGCAGUGUAUCUGCAGCAUCCUCUGGUCGGAGCGACAGAGGUGCCGCUGUGGUAGCUGUGGCGUAGGAGAAAUCACCGUUAUCUGGCACAGGACCGUAUCUGUUUUAUGUUUUUUAUUUUUUAUUUUUGGUGGGCUGGCUUUUUUUGUAUGCCCUCGCGUGCGCUCACGCAGUUUUAUCUGCAAUGCCCGCACGAGCGAAGCAUCUCUUCCACGAGCGCGGGGUGAUCAGAUAGGUGAUAUUGAAGUCUUUCCACACUCGGCUGUCAUUGCAGGAGAGGACAGUGUAUGUUUUUGUCGAGACGAAACGAGAACAGGAGGCCUCUAUUUCGGACAGUAGGCUCUGGUGUCAAAGAUCCGAUGAAGGAUUAUCAAUAGACCAUUGGACUGGUCUGUAUUAAAUACUGGUAGCGUGUAGCCUGUAAGAGGUAGCCAUUUAUUAUCAUAGAGCAUGCAAUUUAAUUAUAUAUGCACUGGCAUUUAAGUGUAUUGUAGACGGUCAGUCAGUAGCUUGCAUGUUGCACACCAUAUAAGCGCACAUUUAUCAUAGUCUUUGUGUAUUUGCCAACAGAAGAGAGCAGAGCAUGUGGCCCCAGGCAGGUCUAAUGAUUGCUCUGUGCAUCUCACAUUAAGACCUCAGGGAAUAAGAUAAUCAAAUCUCAGGGUGUUGAUCAGGGGAGCACUGUGAGUCACCAGAUAUCUGGAUUGUUUCAAAUGCUUCUUGAUAAUUAAAAGCAGAAGAAAAAAAACUUGAAUGCAUGUUGUUGAAUAGGGAUAAAUCAACGGGCUGUGUCAAAAGCAGCAAUAAUUUGUGGCAAUAAAUUCAGCAACCAACAGAAAGCGGUUGCUGGCUUGAGGACUGUUAAUACAUCAUACAAAUUUAGGUGUAUAAGAAAAGAGGAUACAUUAUUGCACUUUACAAUGCAUGCUUAGCUGCAACAGUAGCUGCCUGAUACAUAUAUUGCAUCAGCCUGCACUUUACUGAUGCACAGCUUUUAUCAACAUAAAAGCACCAGUCUUCUUAUGAAACCAAACAAAACCAUUGCAAAUAUCUGUGUGAUUAUAACAAACUUGGGGGUGCUCGAUUUAUGAGUGUCAUGAGGUUCAUUUAAAGUUUCAACAGCAGUGUUUUUAUUGCUCCAUACAAGGAGUGUUGUUGUUAGAGUUACUACUUUUUGAGGCUCCUCAUCAAAUAAAGCAGCUGCUCGACAUCCGCUGACAUGGCGUCAGUACACCUGCUGUUCCUUUUGCUUCUGUGCACCAUGUUCGUGUACCAUUGUCAUGGGGCCUGUGCAGAGGUGGACUCUGACACAGAGGCAGUGGCAGGCGAGGGUUUCAAACUGGGCUGCAUCUCCUGCAAGAGGAGGAGUGAGGUGGAGGGUUCUGCCACCGUCGAGUGGUACUUCAGGGGGAAAGGAGAGGCCGACUUUGUCCAUAUCUACACCUACAACGAGGAGGGCCCCACCAUCGAAAACGACCACUUUUCAGAACGUGUGGAUUGGAACGGAAGUAAGAGGAGCAACGACAUCCAAGAUGCAUCUAUAUACCUGCUCAACGUGACCUUCAACGACACGGGCACCUACCGCUGCUUCUUCUACCGAAUCCUCUUCUACGAAAACUACGAGUACAACACUGUCGUCAGCAAGGUGGUCCACCUCAGUGUGGUGGCUAAAGCGACCAGAGGAACAGCUUCCAUCGUGUCCGAGGUGAUGAUGUACGUGUCCAUCAUUGGCCUGCAGGUCUGGCUCCUCAUAGAGAUGAUAUACUGCUACAGGAAAAUAGCAGCAGCUGGGGAGGAAGCAUUACGAGAAGCAGCAAAUGCUGAAUAUUUAGCUAUAGCCUCGGAAAGUAAAGAUAACUGUGCAGGGGUGCAGGUCGGAGAAUAGCACAGGUUUCCUCCGUGGACAGAAAACAUCCUUCCACCCUCUGACCUGCAUGUAGACAACUUGGAGGAAAAACCCCUCUUCAUCUCGAGCCUCCAUUUUACCUUUUCCUUGGCAAAUAUCCCACAUGGAUAUGACAUACAAAGAGAGCAUGGUACCAGCACUGUAUAUAAUAUCCUGCGCUGCAAAAGCAUGUCCUGCACUUAUUUGACGAACCAUUAUGCAUUAAUGAGCCACAUUGUCCAGAGCAUAUACUGUACAUGCAGUAUUUCUUUAAGUAUAUGUAGUCACACAUUUAUAUAAAAGGGAAGUGGUACUAUGGGCGCCAUGAGGCUGAUUGUAAAAGAAAGCUUUUUACUAAAUCAUCACCACCCAAUGUAUGAAUAAUGCAACACACGUGUAUGGUAAUUUCUAAAAAUAGAAUGUGAUGGACUAUGAUAGACUGUCUUUCAAGUUGCUAGUUGAACAUUCAAUGAAAUCUUAAGGUGUACUAAUAAAAAGUGAAAAAGCA